UAAACUGCUUCCCGAGAGUACAGUGGUGACGCUUGUUGGAGCUCUCUCUCCCUCGCUCAUCUUUAGGCUUUUAAUCUCCAGCAACCGUUAAGAGUUCUAUUUUAAGAUGUGUAUUUUAGUCCUUCGUAACGAAUCCUCCUUGACGGGAAUUCGUGGACGCCUGGAAAGUGAAGAACUAAAUGUUUUGAAGAGACGAACGUUAUUUGACAUCAGAGAGUCUCUAGGAGUGUUAGAACCAGGACAGCUACUCCAAACCGGGGAAGAUCUUAAAAAUAGAAGUGUUAUAGGAUUAAAUCCUGAACAGGUUAGACUGAAAGAAGGGAAUAUUUCCGUCUGCCUACGGACGCAAAUUGAUGAUGUUGAGAAUGCACAUCUCUCGACAAAGAAUAACUUGAAUACGAUGGAUCUUGCAGAUACUUGCGACUUAGAUGUGAUGGAAAGUUGCCUGGAGACACGAUACGAGUGCCCUAGUGAACUAGUAGUUGACAAUACCAGGAAAAACUACGACCAGGUCUGGCAGGAUGCAGAAUCGAUGUCGUCUCAGAACGACGCGUCUAGGUGUUGGCUGGAGUCGGUCUCAGGCCUCGACCCUGACGAAGUCACCUGCGGAGAAGUUGUAUUGUGUGAUGUUUUGGUUCCUGGACCAAACUCGGGCACUGAUGUGUUGUUACAUGCUGAGGCCUCUGGCGGCGGUGCUGGUGCUCCUGGGGCCUCCGGCGGCGGUGCUGGGGCUCCUGGGGCCUCCGGCGGCGGUGCUGGGGCUCCUGGGGCCUCCGGCGGCGGUGCUGGGGCUCCUGGGGCCUCCGGCGGCGGUGCUGGGGCUCCUGGGGCCUCCGGCGGCGGUGCUGGGGCUCCUGGGGCCUCCGGCGGCGGUGCUGGGGCUCCUGGGGCCUCCGGCGGCGGUGCUGGGGCUCCUGGGGCCUCCGGCGGCGGUGCUGGGGCUCCUGGGGCCUCCGGCGGCGGUGCUGGGGCUCCUGGGGCCUCCGGCGGCGGUGCUGGGGCUCCUGGGGCCUCCGGCGGCGGUGCUGGGGCUCCUGGGGCCUCCGGCGGCGGUGCUGGGGCUCCUGGGGCCUCCGGCGGCGGUGCUGGGGCUCCUGGGGCCUCCGGCGGCGGUGCUGGGGCUCCUGGGGCCUCCGGCGGCGGUGCUGGGGCUCCUGGGGCCUCCGGCGGCGGUGCUGGGGCUCCUGGGGCCUCCGGCGGCGGUGCUGGGGCUCCUGGGGCCUCCGCACCGCCACCGCGCCCAGCACCGAAGAGCUCUGCAAAGCCUGCACGACGUGCAAAGGCGGGUAACCCAGCUGCAUUGCAACAGCAGGAAGAAACUCUAACAACUGCGUCAACCAGACGAGGAAAGUCUGACAGUAACAAACAUGUUCCUAAGCCAAGCGUUCGGCAACUGACUGAUGCCGCCGCCGAGCCUCGGGUCAGGGAGGGGCGCGCCGCCGAGCCUCGGGUCAGGGAGGGGCGCGCCGCCGAGCCUCGGGUCAGGGAGGGGCGCGCCGCCGAGCCUCGGGUCAGGGAGGGGCGCGCCGCCGAGCCUCGGGUCAGGAAGCGGCACAUGGCCGGUCCUGUGGUCGCAAAUCGGUACCCUCCUCCCCUGGAACCUGGCGUGAUAGAUUGUAAUCCUGUUAACAGCGGUCGGACCGGUGUACAUCAGUCAUUAACACCUCGAGAGCAAAUAGAUAUUAGCGUAGAAAUAAUUAUUGGACCAACUACAAUUAGCAACAACGUUUUAUUAACCAAUGAAGAGGCAAGGUCUCCCGUCGUGCCUGAGGAAGCAGCUUCACCACAGGAGCCAUUAAUGGAUAUAGCUCUACCUUCACAAACUAGUGACUCGUUCCCCAUUCAGCAGAGUCAAUGGCCCUCAUUACUCCUCCUCAUGACUCUGUUGCUCAUUGGAGUAGCAGAGUCAUUGCCAAUUCCUCGCCAAGAGGCUUCAGACUUUACUAGUAGGGAUAAAGAGGAUGACGGAAGAGGCCACAGCCCGACAUCAUGAACUCGAUGCUAGAUGGAAUAAAAGGGGAUCUUUCUCUGUGGCUAAAGCAGGUUCUUAAAACUUCUGAAGUGUAAGGAAAAGGAUGUUACGUUGGCUGUUUGUGGGGAACCUGAGGCUGCGAGACCUCAGAUGGACAAGGUUUGCCAAGUCUGUGGCACCGGAGAACGUGAUCCCUCUCAAGACAGAUUUUCUUUGAUUGAUGGUUUGGAGGAGAAGGAAACUUGGUUUCAAGACAUGGUUGACUCGGAAGAAUGAAUUUGAAAGAGCUAGACACCAUAGUCAUUGUUAUCUAAAAUUUGUUUCAAACUUUGUUGCAAAAUUUCCAAUAAGAGAAUAUCUCGAAUAAAAAAAACUAUAUUUCAAUUGAUGUCGCACAGAACAUUUUACUAAUAUUUUAUUGUGAAGUAAACCCAAAGUAGGAUUCAGGUUUGUGAUUUUGAAUUUUUUAUUUAAUCUCGCCAUCAUUGACCUUUUGAAGAAGUGUUGGCGCGGUGGAAAGGUAUCGAACUCGAUAAUUAAAGUGGCAGUUUACUAAAUUAGAUGUCGUCUUUUCUUGCCUGAGAUUGGGGAGGAGAGGUUAAAACUUUAACUCGAGCUUCGAUCCUACAGGUCUGUUUAAAUUUAUUUAGACGUGUAUCUUUCGUGUUGAGUAAUCUGGCAUUCGUGGGUCUGACAUUUUGCUCAAAUCCACGAACAAGAGGCAUAGAGCGGCUCGAGUGUUCAAAUUGGCUGGUUAAGUUGGCAUUACAGAAAGAGUUCUGGGGCCAGAUUCACGAAAGCACUUACGAAUCUGUACAUCUUUCCUCAAUCUUUGUCGGCUUUGUUUACAAUUAUUAAACAGUUAAUGAGCUCCGAAGCACCAGGAAGCUGUUUAU